AUGUCCCACAGGAAAAUGCACCUGGCUCUCUCUCUGGUCCUCACCCUCUGUGGACUCUUGAAUAGCAUCUUCUGUGAAACGCAACCAAACCCCAAACGGGAUCCUCACCCGGUCUCAUCAAGGAAAACGUCGCCUCCCUCCCACGAGGCAGACACUGGCCACGAGGCUUUUGCCUACAAAUUGUUCGAGGCUCUGUCAGUUGAGUAUCACAGAAAGAAUCUCAUCUUCUCCCCUGAGAGCAUCUCCACCGCCUUGGCCAUGCUCUCCCUGGGGACCAGGUCCACGACGCUCUCCAACCUCGUCGCGGGCCUUGGAUUCGACCUCCAAAGAAUCAGAGCGUGGGAGGUGCACACGAGCUUCCAGAGGCUUGUUCAGACGCUGAACGAGCUGGAUAGACAGAGGCACCUGAAGCACAGGGAUUUCCUCUUUAUCGACAUCAACAGAAGGAUUAAGCCAAAGUUUCUGCAGGAGACAGAGAGGUUAUAUGAAGUGGAAGCCCAGGUGGCUGACUUCCGACACAGAGGCAUAGCCAAGGAGCAAAUAAACCAAUUUGUGGCUCAAAGACUAGCUCACAGAAUCGAGGAAGUGGUCACCUCUCUGCAUCCUCAUACCUUCUUAUUUCUCCUAAACUACAUUUUCUUCAAAGGCGCUUGGGAAGUAGCUUUUCAAGCCAGGUUCACGCAGAAGGAGAACUUCUUUCUUGAGGACAACACCUCGGUGCAGGUGCACAUGAUGAGGAAGACAGAGCGAAUGAUUUAUAGCCGAGCGGAGCACCUGUUUGCUACAAUAGUCAAACUGCCUUACACUGGAAACGUGUCCUUAGUCCUCGUGCUCCCAGACGCAGGACGAUUCGACUUUGUUGCAAAAGAGUUGGCUGCCAGGCGAGCUAGACCGCUGCAAUCCAGGGACACGAGAUUGGUGCACUUAAUUCUGCCCAAGUUCAAGAUCUCUUCCAGGAUAGAUUUAAACCGGCUGCUUCCCAAGGUGGGCAUCGAAGAUAUAUUUUCUAGAAGAGCAAACUUCUCAGGCAUCACAGAUGAGACUUUCCCAACAAUUUUUGAGGCCAUUCACGAAGCCAGGCUGGAGGUGAACGAGAAGGGCGUGACAAAGGCCGCGGCCGAGGACGUGCACGCGAAGAGGGCCCAUCACGCCCCACACGCGGAUGCCACGGUCGUGAAAUUCGACAGACCCUUCUUACUGUUCGUGGAGGAUGAGCUGAAUCAAAGACAGCUCUUUGUGGGCCAAGUCUUCAACCCGCUCCAGUAG